GUAUAACUUAAAUAUAAUUGCAGGUGAGCUGUGAAGCCGCUUACUGAAAACAAAAACCAGCAAUGGGUAACAACGACACUGCCUCGAUGUUCAAUUCCACUCCCUCAUUGUCGAUUACUGUGAUAUUGUCUCUUCUCUACGGCGUCAUUUCUUUGAUGUCAGUUCUUGGAAAUGCUCUCGUUAUAUUCGUAGUUUUGCGGAACAAAAAAAUGAGAACGAUUACGAACUCAUUCUUAGUUAACCUGGCCAUAAGUGACAUUAUUCAGGGACUUUUCGCUACGCCAUUUCAAUUCGCUCCUGCGAUUCUCUACAGAUGGCCGUUUGGUGAUUUCAUGUGUCCGUUUGUGCCGUUUAUAAAGACGCUUUCCAUAUUAGUUAGCAUUGGUACCUUGACUGUUAUAUCCGUGGACAGGUACUUUGCGGUAUGUCACCCGUUACGUAGAAGAUUAACACCUUGUUCUACCGCCGUCACUGUUGGUAUAAUAUGGAUAAAUGGCAUAUGUACAUCGACACCAAAACUGUUGAAUCUAAAAACAAUCGAACAUAUUUUACCGGAUGGGGGCGUACGGAUGUUUUGCGUGCCACAAUGGUCCAGUGACCAAUGUCGAAAUAUUUAUCAUUUAUAUAUUUUUGUCACGUCUUAUGCUGUGCCGUUAGUUGUCAUCACCGUUGCGUACAGCUUGAUUGCGAAGAAGAUGUAUGUCACCAAAACACCGGGUGAAAGCAACGAUGCCAGAGACCAAAAUAUCGCUAAAAACAAGAAAAAGGUAAUUACAAUGGGAAUAGGAUUGGUGAUAGUUUUUGCAUUUUGUUGGUUGCCGCUUCAACUGUACGAUUUCUUGAAAUUCGUUACACCCGACAUUCUGAGUUACAAGCAUAUCAAUAUUAUAUGGUUUUGUUGCAACUGGUUAGCAAUGAGCAACGCUGCGUGUAAUCCCUUCAUAUAUGGACUACUGAAUGACAAUUUUAAACGAGAGUAUAGAAAAGUCUUCGAGCUCAACAAAAUGACAGUCAGGGUUGGACCAGUCCCAAUGGAACCUGUACCGCGGGUAAUUGGUGAUCAACCAAAACAACAAAGUUGGGAUCUACAAGAACAAAGUCCACCUACUCUUUCCCAACAUGUAACGCGCCAUUGAAGUUGUAUCAAAUAUGGAUUUUCUAAUAAAAAUGACGUCAUCGAUCGAGAUGUCCAGAUGAGACUAGUCAAGAGUGAUAUUGUCGCAACAAAACUACGGAAUAACUUUAAUACAACGUGUUUCAAAAAAACAUCGAUCAAUUCACGAUAUAUUCUGCACCGUAGCAAACUGCCAACACGUCAUCCGAGAUGAAGGCUAACAAGCCGCGUACACAUGUCUUUCUGCUAUUCAGAAGAAACAACGCUGGACAUUAAAUACACGUUCAUAUAUGGUGUACGAACGUACAAUAUAUAACAUUUAUUAGAUCAUUAUAUCAAUGAAUAUUCAUAAUAAUAAAACACAUGUGAUAUAUGAUAUUUCUGUUUAUUACGCGCAAUUAUAAAACCCUGUCAAAUAACAUCUUUAUGUAUUAGAAAAACACCUUUUUUGGAUCAAGACAAAUACAUUCUCUGGAGUGAUACACUGUUAGGCUUAAAGCAAGUAUUCAACUCACAUCAUAUUUAGACUUUAUACUAUAAACCACAUGUGUAAGUGGGACAUGUAACGAGACAUAACAUGUACAACGUAAUGUAUUUUUGAUUAGUGCGUCUGUCUCAAUUGACACGUUGCAUUGUUACAUAUUUACUAUGCGUGGGUCUUUCAUUUCAAAUUAUAUGACGUCGAAAUACUAUUUCAUGGCAUUCAAUUUAAACAAUUUUGUACCAUCUUUUUUUAGUCCCCGUUCGGACGAAGUCCAAAAACGGAGACUUAUAAUUCGGUCUCCGUCCGUCCGUGCGUCUGUGCGUUCGUGCGUCCGUGCGUCCGUCCGGAGUCAUAUCUCAGAAUCCCUUGGACCGAUUCUGUUCAUUCUUUGCAUGUGCCUAGUACUUUAUGUGGGACAUAUGCACAUGCAGUGGUUUAGCGAUUCGAUUCAAAAUGGCAGGCUGGCAGCCAUCUUGUUUUUUGAGAAUGUUGUAUUUUGGAUAUCCUUUGUCAGUUUUCAAUCAAACUUGGUACAUAGAUUAUACAUGUUAGGAUACAUGUCCAUGACGAUUUAUUUUACUAUUGGAUCAAAGAUGGCCGACUGGCAGCCAUCUUGUUUUUUGAAAAUGUCGUAUUUUGGACAUGUUUUGUCAAUUUUCAUUCAAAUUUAGUACAUAGAUCAUACAUGUUAGGAUACAUGUCCCAACCGUCCGUGAGUUCCUGAGUCUGUCAGUCCGAUCGCGACCGUCCGUCUGUCCGUGCGUCAGUCUGUCCAACGUCAUAUUUCAGAAUCCUGUGGACCAUUUCCGUUCAUUCUUUGCAUGUGCCUAGUACUUUAUGUGGGACAUAUGCACAUGCAGUGGUUUAGCGAUUCGAUUCAAAAUGGCUGACUGACAGCCAUCUUGUUUUUUGAAAAUGUUGUAUUUUGAACAUGCUUUGUCAGUUGUCAUUUAAACUUGGUACAUAGAUUAUACAUGUCCGGAUAUAUGUCCAUGACGAUUUAUUUCGCAAUUGGAUCAAAGAUGGUCGACUGGCAGGCAUCUUGUUUUUGUUUUUUAAUGCGGUAUAAUGUGCUCUCUCAGUUGUCAUUCAAAUUUGGCACAUACAUGUACUUUAUUCAUGUUAAGAUGCAUGUCCAUGACAAUUUGUUUCAAAAUCUGAUCAAGGAUGGCCGAUUGACAGCCAUCUGACUUGUUAGCCUUAACUUACUACUAUAUUUCCACAAUUUAUGUACCAUUUUUUUAGAGUGUUGUGAUACUCAAUUUAGUAUCCUUACGAAGCACAUAAUCGUAUACGUUUGAUUACUAACAGUCUUUGAAAUAAUAGCAGUACCGAUAUCUCAACGCGUAUGUGCUCUAGCGUAGGGCCACAUGACAGUGUAAUCAUCUGACGUUUAAAAUGAAGAGUGUGACUAUUUAAAAUAAAUAAAUUCUUUCAUAACCGAGAUGAUAUUCAGUUUAUUAUUAUUCCUCAGUGAGUAGAAUGAAAAACGAUGGUGUAAUCAGCUUAAUGUAACAUGGUUAAAAAGAACCUCAUUUAAUCUAAUGUAUGUAAUUUACACGGACUAGAUCUGUGAUAUUAAUCACAUGAUUUAUUGCAACUAUUAAUUAAAUAUCUUUGUCAGAUUACAAUCUAUCAGCAUCAGUUUGUGUGACAGAAACACGAGACUAAAUGACUUUAAAGAAUGCCAUCAAUGCACUUCAAAAUUUCUUUAUGGUCAUUGCGACGCAUACGAUUGUGCAUUAUAACUGAUGGCAUAGAAUGUCUACUGCUUUGUUUGUCCUUAUUGAUAUUAAUAAUGGAUUUGCCCAUCCAUAUAUGGAAUUACUGUAAAAAAAAACAUUUCACUAAAUAUUGAUAAAUUGAAUUCAUUAGGUGAUAGGACAAUUUGAAUAAUCUAAAAACUAUUCAAUUAAGCAAACAAUUUUAUUCCCGGGAUAUGGACAUACAAUUUAUUUUUAGAAUGUCAGAUAAUUUUUAAAUUUACAAAUACCUAUUACACUGUGUUUUUUUUUUAUGAGAACAAUAUCUGAUUUAUUUAUAUAUUAAACUUAACAAUAUGUAUUAAUGUACACCAUAUGUGAAAGUGUAAUUUACUUCCAAUUGCAUUGUGAAAAUUAUGUUUUGAUUUGUCCAUUCGAUUUUUUUUUAUUUUAACAUUUUUACAAGUUUUAUUAUACAAUAGGAAGCGUGUACUUGCAAACACGUCAGCAGAUUUAGAGAACGAAUCUGAGCCUCAGAAUUUUUUUUAUUUGUCUUUAUUUGUCUAUUCCAAGUAUCGAUUUUAUAAUUUUUGAAUAAAUUACCGAUUUCUGCCAUUGAGA